AUGCGCUUCUCAACGAGUCUGCUCCUCGCAGCAGCAACCUUCACUUCAGCAGACACCUUACAGACACGAUCUGCGAAACGCGGUCUUGUCUUCGUCCCUUCUACAGAACAUCCGCAAGAUAAUCAGGUCUGGGUCUCGGGGAACAGUGAUCUCACAUGGUAUUACAAUUAUGGCCCUUCAGCAUCACCGGCCUACUCGAACCUAACCCAAGAAGAAUUCGAAUUCGUUCCUAUGCUCUGGUCUCCCACAACGACAUUCUUGAGCUCAGUACAGUCGAUGAUCAAGGCGGGAACGAACGUCACUCAUGUUCUGACCUACAAUGAACCGGAUGGAACGAGCUCGUCGGGAGGAAGUCAGGUAUCGCCAUCAACUGCUGCUACUAAUUGGAUCUCCCAAGUUCAACCAUUGAAGAAACUGGGCGUCAAGCUUGGUGCUCCAGCUGUGACAGGAUCUCCAGGAGGGUUUACUUGGUUGGCAGAUUUUUUCGAUGCCUGUGCCAGUCAAGGAACGAAUUGCACGGCGGAUUUCAUUCCCAUCCAUUGGUAUGGCAACUUUGCAGGUCUUGCUUCGCACAUUGGUCAAGUCAGAGCUACCUAUCCAAACACUAGCAUCUGGAUCACCGAAUAUGCCUUGAACAACGACACCCUCCCUGAUACCCAAGAUUUCUUCAAUAUGUCUGCCGAAUACUUUGAUCGAAUCGAUUACAUUGAUCGAUAUUCAUACUUUGGUAGUUUCAGAAGCGAUGUUAGCAAUGUUGGACCGAAUGUUUCCAUGUUGACUUCGAAGGGACUCUUGACGGACAUUGGAAGCUGGUACUUGGGAGGAGCUGCUACCAACAAUAUUCCCACCGAAAGUACUGCUGUUAGAGGAGCUGCUGCAUUUGGUACAGUUCUUGUUAUGGCCGUCGCUGCUGGGUUUAUGGUGCUGUAA